CAGAAGAAUGACGGAAGAUAUCAACGUUGUGCCAGAACAAGUGUCACCAUCUGAUGAUGUGGAAUUGACGAUCCGACAGGCGUACCAGGCAGAAAGCGAUCUGAAAUUUUCGUGUCCGACAAGUUGGACAAUCAAAGAAGUCAAGGAGCAUGUAAAGAAUUGCCUGAAUAAUCAUCCGGAAGUUGUCACACAACGGCUGAUUUUUUCUGGAGCUUCUCUGAACAACGAACAGGUUUUGGCAGACGUUUUAAGAGAAAGAAAUCAUGUCGCCGGUGAACAAAUCUUCUUUCAUUUGAUGAUCGCACAACCAUAUCAACAAACAACUCCAACUGCGGAUGUUCGUAGAAGAAAUGUAAAUAAUACUGCAUCAAAUCAAAAUUCGGCAUCGGGAUCGGCUCUCAAUGAAUAUGCUCAGAACAUGGUUGCCUGGCAACAGUACUGGAAUGCCUACAAUCAACUGUCUCCGGAAGCUCAAGUUUCCGAGCAUCAGCGAUUAAUGGCUCACUACUACACAUACGCAUCGACAACUCCCGCUGCACCAAUUUAUCAAGUUCCCGCCAACCAACAGCUUCAACAAAAUGCAGUGGCGUGGAGAAUUCGAGUUCAAGGGGUGGCCGCUCCCGCUCGAGCCAACGGAAAUCAAGGAGCUGCAGCGCCAAGACAGGGAAGAGUUGACAUUUUGGAAGUGGGAUAUCGAAUUUUCAAAGUGGUUUUGCUAUUUUCUGCAAUUCUUCUCUACUCGUCAUUCGAAAGAUUCGCUUUAGUUUUAUGCUCGGCACUAUUCAUUUAUUUCAUUCAACUGCGACGAAAUCACGCUCGCAAUAGAGUUCAAGCUCAGGCUGCUGCCGCCGCUGCUCAGCAAGCAAAUAAUCAAGAACCACAUGUUAAUAACAACAAUAAUGGAGAGAACGACGGAGAUAAUACGGCUCCAACCACGGAAGGAGAGACACCAGCAACUUCCGAUGCUCCAGUGGAACCACCAGCUCCACAACCAACUGGUAUGCAAGUGUUCAUUGCCACUUUAUACUCAUUUGUCACCUCCUUCUUUGCAUCACUUGUUCCUGAUCAUCCGAUGCCGAUGGAUCUGAAUUAAAUCAACUUCAUCAUCAUUCCACAUGUAUUCAUUCUAACUUUAUUUUCUUAUUUGAAGCCCCUUGAACUUUAUCAGUCAUUUGGUUAUAUUCUCUCACCGUCAUCCCUCUUCCACUUCUCCCGAUGUAUACUGUACAACUGAAGGGUCCUUUUUCUUGGAAAAUCUGACUUCCUUUACACUAGUUUCACACCGUCUAGACACUCUUUUUUGUGUAUAUGUAUCUUAAUAUCGAAGUUUCUUCUACUGCGGGUCUCCCCACUCUUCCCCUUUUCUCUUUAUUUUCGAAUAAACUUUAUUACGAUU